GAUGCUCAGAUUUGUAAACUUGGACUUGUUUGUUGCGUUUAUUGUGUGCCAUAAAAGUAUAUUUUAAAGAAACAUGUCUUUAGCUGACGAAUUACUUGCUGACUUGGAAGAAAAUGACGAUGGAGAACUUGAAGCUCUCAUUGAAACUAAUAAAAUGGACGAGGACCAUGAGUUCGCCGUUCCAUACCCCGUGAUUCCAAAAGAGGAAGACAUAAAAAACGUGUCUAUCAGAGAACUAGCGAAAUUGAGACAUUCGGAUCGAUUGAAACGGGUAAUGACAUCAAUAGAACACAAUAUUGGAAACAAUAGACAGAAAAUAGAAGUGACAGGUUUAAUGGAGACCGAUCCGGAGUACCAGCUCAUUGUAGAAGCUAAUAACAUUGCUGUUGAGAUUGAUGGAGAAAUUGCAAUUAUCCACAGAUAUGUUCGGGAUAAGUAUCAGAAAAGGUUUCCCGAGCUAGAGUCUCUGAUCAUAUCACCACAAGACUAUAUCCGGUCUGUCAGGGAACUGGGCAAUGACUUGGACCAGGCUAAGAACAAUGAGACCCUGCAGAGUUUCCUCACACAAGCUACUAUUAUGAUUGUGUCUGUUACUGCAUCUACUACACAAGGGAAAAUAUUGACUGAGAAAGAGCUAGCUGAGAUAAAUGAAGCUUGUGACAUGGCUUCUGAGCUGAAUAACUUCAAAGCAAAAAUCUAUGAAUAUGUUGAAAGCAGAAUGGCAUUUAUUGCACCAAACAUAACAGCUAUAGUUGGAGCGUCAACAGCUGCAAAGAUCCUGGGUGUGGCAGGAGGUUUGUCCAAGUUGGCCAAAAUGCCAGCUUGCAAUAUUCUACCAUUGGGACAGCAGAAGAAAACACUGUCUGGCUUCUCGCAGGCUACGGCUCUACCUCAUACAGGAUUUAUUUAUUUCUCAACUAUUGUUCAGGAUACACCACCUGAGCUAAGAUACAAAGCAGCGAAGUUGGUAUCGACAAAAAUAACGCUGGCAGCCCGAGUGGACGCUUGUCACGAGAGCACUGACGGACACAUCGGACGAAUGCUCAGGGAGUCCAUUGAAAAGAAACUUGACAAAAUGCAGGAACCACCACCAGUUAAAUUCGUGAAACCCCUCCCGAAGCCCAUAGAGCAGAGCAGAAAGAAGAGAGGCGGCAAGCGCGUGCGCAAGAUGAAGGAACGAUACGCCAUGACAGAGUUCAGGAAGAAUGCUAACAGACUUAACUUCGCUGACAUCGAAGAUGACGCGUAUCAAGAAGACCUAGGCUACUCUCGCGGUACAAUCGGCAAGUCGAGCACCGGCCGUGUGCGUCUACCGCAAAUAGACGAGAAGACCAAAGUGCGCAUUAGCAAGACUUUGCAGAAGAACUUGCAGAAACAGCAGCAGUAUGGAGGCGCCACUAGUAUAAGGAGACAAGUGUCUGGUACUGCGUCGUCUGUUGCGUUUACGCCGUUGCAGGGUCUCGAGAUCGUGAAUCCGCAAGCGGCAGAAACUCGUGUCAACGAAGCUAAUGCCAAAUACUUUUCGAACACAUCGGGAUUCUUGUCUGUCGGCAAGAAUACGACAUAAAGUGCUUUUCAUCCCACUCUAGUGUUAUAUUAGAAGUUUUGUGAAUAAAUUGUGACCGGAGAGCAAA